CAAUCUCACACACACCCGUGCCUCCACUAACUCCCGACCUUCCCUUUGGGGAGAAGGGCUUGUACCAGCUAGGCUAUUGUCCAUUUUUAUUUUUUAUUUUUCCGAAUGGUUCAAAGCAAACACACACACCCUCACUAAUUUUACCUACCACGGCAUAAACACUCGACUCGACCUCUUAUUUGGAGAUUGAGAGGUCAUACCAUCUGGGCUAAUGCUCAUGGUUGAGCUUUAGAUAGUUGAAACUGCAACUACUAAGUCUCUUUGUUGGAUCCCACCCACUUAAUCCACCAAAGGAGGUUUAAAGAAAAAUUCUUGACAGAAAAAGUAACUUGUUUUUAUGGGCUGUUCUGGAUUGUCUAAAUUUGAUAUUCUUCAUUCCAAACUGACCUCAAGUUGGUUCCGAGUUUGCUGCUUGGCUAGUCUAUAAUAUAGUAUGAACUUGACCGGCUCACUUUGUGGAUUACUGAUCUCUUAGACCUUUUAGUUUUUUUGUGUGACUACUGUCAUUGUAGAUGUAAAUCUGGCUGAAGGAUCUGAUACACGGUUUUUUUUAUUGUCAUCAUAUAUUUUAGUUACCUCACUUUUUAUAAGAUAACAUGAGUUUUUGUUGGUAUAACUAUACUUUCUUAGUAUGUCAUAUUAAUUUUGGUCAUUUGGAUAGCUCUCCGUCUUAUUCUUAAAAUAAAACUAUGUUGUUUUGAUCCUACUCUAUUGUUCAAGUUCCAUAAGCAAUUUAGAGUGCUCAAGGCUCCCUCUUCUAUGUAGGCCUAGUCUUAGAUACGAGAUGAGUUAUUCACAAACGGAGACUAAUUUUCUAAUUUUUAUCUUAGACUUGUAGAAUCAUAUGCAAGAUGCUUCAUUUUGAUUAAGUGGUUGGGUGUCCAUAUCUCAUAUUGUAGGCUCAAUUUUAGCAAUAUUGCAACAUCUUAUUCAUCAUCAAUUUACUUAGGAAAAUGAUUGUUUAGACCUAAAGACUCUUUGAUGCUAUCAAUAUAUUGUCUGUGUUGAUUAAGUUUUUUGUAGUACCACCCACAACUUCUAUUAUGAUCUGAAAUAAGGUUACAAGUGCAUUGACAUUCGUCGAAAAGUAAAAUAGUAUCUUCGUGUAACCUAGUGUCUAAUACAGAUAGCUCACUCGUUUUGAAGUAAUAAUAUAAUAGAAUUGAAUUACUAGAUAUGCGUUAUAGGUGCAUGUCCAAUCAAAAGAGUGGACACAUGUCCCAGACACAGCUACUUCACCCCUACUUUUCAAGAGUCCAUAUAACAUAGUUACCCAAGACAAUGUUAAUCAAAAGAGGGAGAAGAUGGAGAAAAUAGUAAUCAUAUAAAUAAAUCAUGAUGGGUGAGAUGGAGUGCUUAUGGCAUAUAAUAUGAUCUUAUUAUACUUUUGAAAUUCAAAGGUAAAUUAUAUAAAAACAGUUAUUGGAUCAAUUACUUUCUUCUUCUUAUUUUAUUUUAUUGUUGUUCUUCAUCAUCAUCAUCCCUUCAACUAAUGAAUUAAUUUGGGGGAUGAAAAGUAAAUAAUAUUCUGAAUGAUAUAUCAUAAGAAGGUAAAUAAAACCGAAAAGUGGAUGUUAGCCAUGCAUAAGAGGUGGUGUCCAAUAAAUCUUCUAUAUUUUCCAAUAAUUGGAGUGUUAAGCCUGCUGUUAUUUUGCUCAACUGUUCCUGGCUUUAAAAUUUACAUUUUUCAGUAUCUGGAUGAGAACAAGUCAUUGAUUCUGAAGAUUGUUGAGAGCCAGAAUUCAGGGAAACUAAGCGAGUGUGCAGAGAACCAAGCAAGGCUUCAGCGAAAUCUUAUGUACCUUGCUGCUAUAGCUGACUCUCAACCUCAACCACCUACAAUGCAUUCUCAGUUCCCUCCCAGUAGCAUUAUGCAGCCUGGAGCAAACUACCUGCAACAACACCAGCAAGCUCAACAGAUGACACAACAAUCACUUAUGGCCGCGCGUUCCUCCAUGCUGUACAGCCAACAGCCUUUUUUGGCACUGCAGCAGCAGCAGCAAGCUUUGCACAGCCAGCUUGGCAUGAGCUCUGGUGGCAGCAGUGGAAUUCACGGGCUGCAAAGCGAGGGCAGUGGGCCACUUGGAGCUGGGGGUUUUCCUGAUUUUGGCCGUGGCACGUCAGGGGAAGGCUUGCAGGCUUCUGGAAGGGGUUUGGCAAUUGGGAGCAAGCAAGGUAUGGGGAGUGCCGGUUCUGCAGAAGGGCGAGGAGGGGGGAGCUCGGGAGGCGGCCAUGACGAUGAUGGAGGUGACACUCUUUACUUGAAAGCUUCAGAAGAAGGUAAUUGAGAGGUAUGCAUAAUGGACCUAGUAAUCUGUUUAACAUCUGAACUUAGGGAAGUUCUAGUCGGGGAAAAGUAUUUACAUUCAAAGCCAAGGAAACUUUUUAUCUGAUGCCAAAUGUGAGGAUUAAUUUCCAGAACUGAGGGUUCUUAGUGUUUUCAAGUGGUGAGACUGUGCAUCUUGUGGUAGUGGAAUCAUGUAAAUUUCUAGGUUAUAUUAUGUUGUGCUGUUGUUGAUCAUUUC